UAAUGGCGGAACUCAAAACCGAAAGUUAUAACUGACAAAACGAAGAAGAAAUAAAUUAAAACAAACGGCCGGAUUAUUUUAGACUCUAUAGUUUAUUAUGGUUUACAUUGAUUAUUGGCUCAUAAAACCGUCACGUUAUGUAUUAUUGUGAUUAAAUAGGAACGGGGGAGACCCUUCAUCUUGCCAUGGGAAACUCAUUUCCAGGUGAAUUUGUUGCGAAAAGGACAGUUUAGUUUAUAUAAAUUCAAUCCACAACUGCAGUGUAUGAAUCUACUAUGAACAGGGACAUGGACCCGGACACUGAAGUUGAAAGCAUUUUCAGGCAUGAUCAUGGGGAAGAGGAGAAAAAGAAGUGGACGAGGCCACCCUCCAGCUAUGGUUCAAUGAAGAGUGACAGUGAUGACAUGAAGGAGGACGAAGAGGAGGAAAAUGAAGAAGGGGUUGCUGUUACCUUCCACCCUCCUUUACCUGUGGUGCAACCUGUAGCGUCUACUAAUGAUGGGACAGGGAUGGAAAUGAUUCGCCCAGACUCUCCAGAGACCUUCUACACCAUGACCACGCAGCAGACCAAACCAGCAGGAGGUCUUGUCAUUGACACAAGGUCUUCUGACCUGGGGGAUUUUCCAGAAGAUACGACGGAGGAUGAAGAUGAACCUUUGUUUGUUGAUUCCCCAGAACCACCUAUGCCAUUUGAACCAGAACAGACAACUGUUGAGAACAGCCAGCCAGGCAGACUACACCCAGAGCAGGAGCUGGCCCAUAUUUUCAAGAGUAUCCAGAGUGUUUUGACAGGCCUCACCUUUGAAGAGCUUCUCCAAUUUAGGACGUUUUACCAGUGGGAACGAGACAUGACCCGACAACAAGCGAUGGAGGGAGACCUUCUUGAUUUUGUGGACAAGAUUCUGGAGAUACUCGGACAGGAUCGUGCCCUGGCACAAACAAUGCAUACCCUCACCAGUAUCAGCAAGGCAGCAGAGGCAGACCAACUACAUAGUCUGUGUAAAAGAGCACUAGUCCGUUUCCAACUGCAGCAGGAAUUGCACAGAAAACACAAAUUUAUCCACGAGGGGGUUGUUCAAGCCGGAAAGCAGAAUGACUUCAAUUCCAUCUACGUAGAGCCCCAGAUUUCCAACUGUGGUUUUGGAGGAGUUGACCCCUCCCAUGAAUUCCGAUACCAUCCACCAACACUUCUCAGGGUCCCCAGUCCUGACACCUUGGUGGGGGUGAACGAUCUGUUCCAACUACAAAGGGAUGAUGGCCAACCAGUGAGGACCGUUGUCACCACUGGGUUUGCAGGCAUGGGCAUGUCUGUGUCUGUGGCCAAAUUCUGCCUGGAUUGGGCAGAAAUGCGUGCAAACAAGGAUAUGCAGUUCGUUUUCAAGCUUUCUUUCCGGAAUUUCUGGACCCUGCGAAAUAAUGAAAAUCAUAUCGCAAAGACGAUGUCCAUCAUGGAUGUGUUAGAAUAUUAUUAUCCUGAGUGCAAAGACAUGAAAUACCUGGAGGACAAGGACUGUAAAUUCCUCAUCGUAAUGGACUCAUUUGAUUGUUACCAAGAGCAUCUGGACUGGCAGAAUGCUCCAGUAAUAAAUGACAAUUACACCAAAGCACAUCCCAGCGUCCUGGUUGUAAAUAUCAUCCGAGGCACGGUGCUCCGUGGUGCUCGCGUUUGGAUCCUGGGGAGACGGGCUGCUGUCUCCCAAAUACCAUCUCAGUUCAUUGAUCGUGUCACAGAAAUCCAGGGCUUUAGUGAUGAGAUGAAAGAUGAAUACCUGACCAAGCGCUUUGACAACGCAGAGCUGGCAGCAAAGAUCGUGGCACAUUAUAAGCGCCUCCCGUCACUCGUUAUUCUCGCCCGACAACCCUUCAUAUGCUGGAUGGUGGCCAUAGUGUUCAAGCGCAACUUCAAAUAUCCGGACUACGGGGAGCACCCCCCAAGACUGACGCCGUUCUACGUCAAUAUUUUGGUUGUCCAGAUGAAUCGCAGGCUGGAGUUCUACUACGGAAAGGCGGAAAAUGAACAUAAAUGGUCCAAUGAAGACAAGAGCCUGGUGACUAAGAUUGGGAAGAUGGCCUUCAAGAUGCUGGAGAAGAACAUCAGUGUGUUCUGUGAAGAGGACGUGAAGGAGUACGGUGUGAGUUUCACUGAAGUGACGGUGUUGUGCGGUCUGUGCACUGAGAUCCCCGGCGCUGCCUCCGAUGGGAAGAGGACGUUCUGCUUCAUACACUUCAGCCUGCAGGAGUUCAUGGCUGCGGUGUACGUCUUCACGAUGUUUCGGGAAGAGUCCAAGAAUGUUCUGGAAAACACGAUGUUACAAAAGCCGAAGCUCUUCGCAUCCAAGGAUCAGAGCAUAUCAGUGGCAGGCGUCAUCCAGAGCGCCGUAUCGCGGACCCUCGCGUCCGAGUUGGGCCACUACGAAAUGUUCCUGCGCUUUCUGUGCGGCUUGCUUGCCCCGGACUGCCACGACAGUCAGCUGGCCGGUUUUCUCUUCACCUACCACAUGCCGAAGGUAGGGGGUCUGGACGAGACGCGGCGGCUGCUGCAGCAGGCAUUAAAGACUGCUGAAGUAAAGCAUCCAGACAGGGUGGAGAACUUAAAGGAGUGCCUUAGAGAAAUGACGCAGCGAGUUGAGUGAGUCAGGGUUAAAUUGCAUCGUGGAAAUCAGUGUCACUAGGAAUGGAAGUGUACUAUUUGGAAAUGAUGGACAAAAGUAAAGCCUCCUCGGUUAUUUUCAAGUUGGUGUCAUUUAAGUUUUGAUAAUGUCAUACAAUGGAAGUUGAUGAGGAUAUAAAAACAGUCUGUCAGCAGUGUCCCUGAUUCAACAGACAAAUGAAAAUGUUGUCCUAUGCUUUCCAUUACAUUGGGGUUUUAGAUAUACUACAUUAUGUUUGUCAUGUCUUACAAUGAGCAUUGAGAUACUUUCAAUCAAUCAUGUUUAAUUUAUAUGUGAUUUCCUUUUAAACCGUAUGCAUUGGAGGGACAAAGAAAGUAUCUUUUGAAGCCGGAUUAAUCAGAAGAUGUCAUGAGACUUGAGUCAGAUGUGUGGAUCCACCAGAUCCAGGUGAAACCAUCUUUCGUUUCAACAAACGGCUCUGCUGUAGAUUGUUGAAGAAAAACAACUAGCAAGCCAAAGAGGAGAGCUCACAAUUGUUUCAUUUUAUGUAAUCUUAAGUUAUUUUGAGUGAAGGUGUGGGUAAAUUCAAAAUGCAAUAUGGGUGAAAGGGAAUGCUAUAUGUGAAUGACGUUUUCUUAAAUUAGUCUUGAUUUUUAUCGUAGUGUAUAUGCAUAUUUGUCUGUUUAUUUGAAUUGAUUCUUGGUACUUUUGUACUUGCUGAAUUAUAGGUUGAUUUUUCCGUUUACAUUUUACUACAAUUAAUCAACAGAAAAUUGUUUUUUUUAAUAGACUAGCUACAUUAGCUUUUCUGUUCAUUUGUUUAUUGUUUGUUUAUUUAUUGUUUUUGUACGUUACUACUACUACACACAUUUAAAGACCCACUAAAUGCAAUGAUUUUUUUUCAUGCAAAAGUGUGUGUGUGUGUGUGUGUGUGUGUGUGUGUGUGUGUGUGUGUGUGUGUGUGUGUGUGUGUGUGUGUGUGUGUGUGUAUGUGUGUGUGUGGGGCUGUGUUUGUGGCUGUCUUCCCUUAAGAAAUAUGAUAAAUAAGGUAAAUGCCGACCAUUGAUAAGGUGAAAAUGGAUGACAUAUUGUCAGAAAUAAAUCCUCUCCUAAUGGCCUUGGUUAUUAA